UUGGACGGUGUCCCUCUGCAGCACCAAGAAUUGACUUUGGGGGUGUGUGGCAGAGGUCAGGGGACAGCAGUGCCAGUGCUGAGCAGGGACCAGAUUCUGGAUCUAUCCUACCGCAGAGCAGCCACGACUUUCGCCUCCCCCCAAACAGUGGCUGUUGAAUGUUGACUUUGGGUGGGUCCAUCAGAAUAGCUUAGAUAUUGGCCACAAAGGGUCGUGAGCACCAAAUAAAAGCUCCAGCUGAAUCCUGAUCUUUCCGGAUUUUUCUGAGGGGUUUACGCUAAGCUGGGCUGACAGCUCCCGGAGGAGAGAAGAUUCCCUGCACCCCAAGAUUCUCCCAUCAUCCUCUGGGUCACCGCCACCCGAAGUUUCCCAGGGUUCUCACAAAAGCAAAACAGACUUCUGCACGUGUCCUCUAUGCCUCAAGAACGGAUUGGCUCCCGAGGGAUACGCGGAGACCCAGUGUAAGGCGGGGGCUCUGUGGGCAGGGCCGGGAAGGACAGACCUGCCAGACCUGCUCAUCUGCCUCCCGUUCAGUCUCGGGUCAGCCAUCGCUUCUCCACCACAAGGACGGCAAGGGCAUGGAGUCUGUCCCCGGGAGAGCAGUCUUUGGGGCCUGAACUUUGAAUUCUGGAGCAGCUCGGGGCUGGAGAGAGCAGGAAGCCCAUCUUGGUGCUGGUUUGGCCGGCUAUUCCCGCCCGGCCCGAUCCUGCCCUGCAGCCUACAGGGAAAGGAACGGGCGACGGCGGAGCCACAGCUGGCCACGGAGGGGGCUCCAGAUCCCAAUCCACCGCGAGGAGUUGCUGGGAACACAAGAGUGAGCAUUUCUCAGCAGUGUCCCUGAAGCUUCUGCUGUCCUCAGCCCUAAGGAGCCGUCUUAGACAUUUCCUCCCUCGCCGUGCUCCGUGAGAUCGUCAUAUCACAGGUGCGCUGAAUGUGUUCGUGCACAGCUGAGCUUUGUACGUGUAAGGGUAAGAGUUUCGGGGGGCUCUGUCGCCCCCGUUGAGAAUGCUUGUUCUGGACCAAGCUUGUAAAUCAGCUCCCCAGGGCCAAGGGCAGUUUCCCAGGCUUCAAAGGCAAAUUCAGUGUCCCACCGCCCAGAGAAACCAGUUCUUCUCCGGAGAGAGGAAUUGAUGUGAAAUCAGCAAGAGGGAGGGCUAAUCAGCGCCCCGGCCCAGGUCACUGGGCACCAGGGCCAGGGCGGCGUCACCAUCCUCUCCAGACAGGUCACUUCCCUCCCCGCCCGCCCGUGACCUGGGGUGAGGGGGUUGGACUGGAAAGGCCCCCACGGGCCUGGAAGCUGUGUCACUGGGUCCAGCCGUCCACGGCCGCCCUUUCCUUCCAGCGUUCACGGCUUCGGGGCCAUGGCGGAGCUGCGCCGGACAGAGUCCACGCUGACCGCGCUGGACGAGGACGCGCUGUGGGAGCUGCUGGAGAGCCACCGCCACAAGAUUGUGCGUAGCAUCUGUCCCAGCCGCCUCACCCCCUACCUGCGCCAGGCCAAGGUACUGGACCAGCUGGACGAAGAGGAGGUGCUCCACGGCCCCAGGUUCACCAACACCGUCAUGAGAGUCGGGCACUUGCUGGAUUUGCUGAAGACGCGAGGGAAGAACGGAGCCAUUGCCUUCCUGGAGAGCCUGAAGUUCCACAACCCGGACAUCUACACCCUGGUCACCGGGCUGCAGGCCAAGGUGGACUUCAGCAACUUCAGUGGGCUCAUGGAGACGUCCAAGCUGACUGAGUGCCUGGCCGGGGCCAUCAGCAGCCUGCAGGAGGAGCUGAGCCAGGAGAAGGGGCAGAAGGAGGCCCUGCUGCGGCGUUGCCAGCAGCUCCAGGAGCACCUGGGCCAGGCCGAGGCCCGCGUCCAGAGCCUGGGCCAGAUGGAGGCCGACCACGAUCGCAUGAAGCGCGAGGUCAGUGCCCACUUCCACGAGGUGCUGAAGCUCAAGGACGAGAUGCUCGGUCUGUCCCUGCACUACAGCAACGCGCUGCGGGAGAAGGAGCUGGCCGCCACGCGCUGCCGAAGCCUGCAGGAGGAGCUCUACCUGACCAAGCAGGAGCUGCGGCGUGAGAAGAUGUCUUCCCGCCACGUGCGAGAAUUGGGGGAGUGGUCCCCACAGAUGCCCGGGGACCUGGAGCCCGGGGACCUGGAGCCCGGGGACCUGGAGCCCGGGGACCUGGAGCCCGGGGACAAGGCGCUGAGCCGCCUGAAGGAGGAGAAUGAGAAGCUCCGGUCGCUGACGUUCAGCCUGGCGGAGAAGGACAUCCUGGAGCAGAACCUGGACGAGGCCCUGGAGAGCAAGCAGGAGCUGGUGGACCGCCUCCACUCUCUGAGGGAGCGGGCCGUGGCCGCUGAGAGGCAGCGCAAGCAGUACUGGGAAGAGAAGGAGCAGACCCUGCUCCAGUUCCAGAGGACGAAGGUGGACUGUGACAUCUACAAGGAGAAGGUGAACGCCCUGCAGGGCCAGCUCCAGCAGCUGCAGAAGGAGCGAGACCAGGCCUACUCCGCCCGGGACGCAGCCCAGAUGGAGAUUGCUCAGAACCUGACGGAGAAGGACUCCCUCCGCAGGGAAGUGUUCGAGCUGACGGACCAGGUCUGUGAACUGCGCCAGCAGCUCCGCAGGCCGGCCGAGUCCCCACAGAGGCCUGAGCAGGAAGCCAAAGCCAGGGAGCCGGGUCUGAGGGGGAAGCAGCCGCUCGUGCGUAUGUUUGCCAUCUGCCCGCGGGAUGACAGUGACGACAGCAGCCCCAGCUCCACUGAGUCUCAGCUCUGCUCUGACCUCAAUGCCACAUGCAACCGUGAGCUGGUGGACAGCUUCCGCUCCAGCAGCCCCCUGCCUCCCAGUCCACAGUCCCUGUACAAGCGGGUGGCAGAGGGCUUCCGGGAAGACCCCUGGUCUCUUAGUGGUUUCCUAGAAAUCCGGCAGGUGGACCGAGGACUCUCCCGGGGGGUGAAGGCAGUGGAUGCCGACCUGGAUUAUGAGAUUGUAGACAGAGCAGACCUUCCUGAGUGUGAGAGCAGCGUGCAGCCCUGCGCCGGGGGUCUCACCACCUCGUCCAGCAGCGUCCCAGUGCGGAGGAGACCGGCCCGCAAGAUCCUGAGCCAGGUCACCGUGCUGGCCUUCCAGGGGGAUGCGUUGCUGGAGCAGAUAAGUGUCAUUGGUGGCAACCACACGGGCAUCUUCAUUCACCGGGUCACCCCUGGCUCUCCGGCGGAUGAGAUGGCCUUGCGCCCUGGCACCCAGAUCAUGAUGGUGGAUUACAAAGCAACAGAGCCCUCGUUCAAGGCCACCAUGGAGGACACGACCCUGGAGCAGGCUGUUGGGCUCCUGCAGAGGGUGAAUGGCUUCUGCUGCCUGUCUGUGAAGGUCAACAUGGAGGGUUAUAGGAGGUUGGUCCAGGACCUGGAGGCCAACAUGGUGACCUCAGGGGAUUCCUUCUACAUCCGGGUGAACCUGGCCAUGGAGGCGCGGGCGGAGGGGGAGCUGCAGGUCCGAUGCAGUGAUGUCCUGCACAUCAGCGACACCCUGUUCCAGGGCCGCGGCUGCUGGCGCGCCCACCGCGUGGGCCCCUACAGCACGAAGGGCGUGGAGCACGGCACCAUCCCCAACUACGCCCGGGCUCAGCAGCUGCUCAUCGCUCUCAUCCAGAACAUGGCUCAGCAAAGCACCACCGGCCGCAAGCAGUCUUCCGGGGGACCCCAGAAGCUGGUCCGCAUCGUCAGUGUGGACAGAACCAAGGCCAGCCCUCUGCGCUCAUCCUUCAAUGGGGCCCUGUGGGAGCCCAGCAAGCUGGAAGAGCCCUCCACUGCGUGCUUCUGGGCCGAGAGCUGCUUCACCCUGGUGCCCUACACCCUGGUGCACCCCCACAGGCCCAGCCAGCCGCGGCCAGUGAUCUUGGUGCCCAGGGUUGUCGGGAAGAUCCUCAGCGAGAAGCUGUGCCUCCUCCAAGGGUUUAAGAAAUGCCCAGCAGAGUACUUGAGCCAGGAGGAAUACGAUGCCUCCAGCCAGAGAGGGGACAUCAUCCAGGAGAGGGAGGCAUCCGGUGGCCGCUACUGUGUUACCCGCCAGGCUGUCGAGUCCCUCAUGGAAAAGAACACCCACGCCCUCUUGGACGUCCAGCUGGACAGCAUCUGUGCCCUGCACAGGAUGGAGAUCUUCCCCAUCAUCAUCCACAUCCCCAUCAACGAGAGAGCAGCAAAGAAACUCAAGAAAGCCCUGCAGCGGCUCGGCACAUCGGAGGAGCAGCUCCUGGAGGCGGGCAGGCAGGAGGAGGCCGCGCUGGACAGAGCACCCUGUCUGCACGGCAGCCUGGCCCCCGACGGCUGGAGUGACCUGGAGAUGCUGCUCGGCUGCGUCCGCUUCGCCAUCGGGGAUGAGCAGAAGAAGGUUGUGUGGACGGAGCAGAGCCCCCACUGAUGGCACUGGAGCCCUUCCAGGGGCCGCGGGGACCUCUGAGUCCCUGCGAUUUGAGCUCAGCCUUGUAGACACAGCCUCGGGCGUGCUCGCCUGAGCCCAGCUCUCUGGGCAUCUGGUCCCCUCUCUCGCUGGGGCCCAACCUUGAACCCCAUUCUGUGCAGGUCACAGACAGGCAUUUGCACCGUCUGCCCACUUUUCUGCCAAGCUGUCUCCUCCUCCAAGGCUCAGUUGCCGUGUCCGAACCAGAGGCCCCGAGAACACAUCUCCUGUAGAACGUUUCCAGAAAACCACCUGUCUGACCCCGAUCUCCCCUUUGCAUUUCAGGGUGCCGAAGGGCUCGUUCCCGAGCCCCUGAGGCAGGAGGCUGGUAGCCCUGGUGCCCCCGAAGUCACUGGCACCCCCGCCCAGAGCGGAGGUACAGACCCUUGGUGAGGUAAUCUCACUGCCUCAGUGGCCAGAGACCUGCUUCAGGGGCUCGAGUUUGGAAAGUCGUGUGUACCAACUGGGAGAUACGGUUUCCCAGUCACGGAAACAGUGUUUUCAGUGGGUUUUCUGCCUGGUGGCCACCAGACCCGGUGCGCCCGUGGGGGUGUCCUGGAGAAGCCACCCACAGACACCCUUGCACACGGGCUGGGCUGCCCCGAGCCCCACAUCUGACCCCCUCUACCAGGCAGUAAAGAGCCUUUACUCCACCUCCAGAGCUCAGGAGACACGUGGACAUGACUGGGCCAAGCACUCCUGGGCCCCCCGCCCCUGGUCUUGCCCCCCACUGCAGCAGACUGACCGCCAUUUCGGCAGCGGCACCCCUGAACCCGAGUGCCCCAGAAGCUGCUCUGGGAUUGAGGCAGGCGUGACUGUAAAUAAGCCAGAAAACGACCUUGUGCAUGUUUUACUGAAAUACAAAGCUUUACAGCACUGGG